AUGGGGUGGUUCUCGUCAGCUUCCGAAUCCGCUCCCAAGAAGUCCUCUGACGGCGGCUCAAUCGCACCUGACCGAUCAUCUCGCCAACAGUGCUGGAUAGGAAGAGACAAAUUCUUCGCCUGUCUAGAUGCAAAUAAUAUUAUAGAUGCUGUAAAGGAAGACGGCCCCGCACGGUCAAAGUGCUCUAAGGAGAUAAAGGAAUUUGAAAGCGCCUGCUCGGCUACUUGGGUCAAAUAUUUCAAGGAUAAGCGAGUAAUGGAACACAGGAGAGAUCAGACUAUUCAAAGAAUAAAACGAGAAGAUCUUGAGUCUGCGGCGGCACAGAAAACUGCCAAAUAG